UGCGCUGAUUACGUCAGACGACGGCCAUGUUAAUGCAGUGAACGAUCUGACUGCAUAGUGAGACAUUAGCCACUUGAGCCAUUCUGCACAACAGGUCUCGCGAACAUUCUACCCAACUUGUGAUAAAGACUCUUGCAUUAUGGCAGAUUUAUCAGAUCCAAACCCAAUGGAUAGUCAGCCAGAAAGCAACAAUUUUACAAACGAUGAUUUCGAGCGAGUGGACAAAUACGAUGCAGCUGGUGCCGAAAUGGAUGACUAUCUUGCCCAAGACGAGGAAGUGACAUCAACCUCCAUUCCUGGUGAGGAACAGGCAGAAGAGGACCGAUAUGCUGCUGGUGCGUCGGAGGCUGAACAACUCAUGUCAGAUCAAUUGAUCUCGUUCGGAGACGAGCCUUCCCAACAGCCCACAGAAUCUGCCCCAGAACCUGACUUCGCCCCAGUUCUUAUCCCAUCAAUUUCCGACCCCUCGUCUGCAUCCCCACCCUCAUCAUCUACACUAGAGCCAACCCCGCCCCCUACCCCAGAGCCAUCGGACUAUGUUAAAACAGAGCCUCCUAAAACUAUUGUGGAGUCUAGCGAGGAGCCUAAAUCUGAAGGGGAACAGCCAUCUGCACAAGCAUGGAUGAAGAAUGUGGACCCUAGAGAGAGUUCUACUGAGCCUGACUUAUCUUCCUUUUUGGAGCUGAUAUACUGGCGUGAUGUUCGGAAGACAGGUGUGGUGUUUGGGAGCAUGAUGUUCGUGCUGCUCUCCCUGGCGUUCUUCUCAGUGCUCAGCGUGGUGGCAUACCUGUCCCUUGCGAUGCUCACCGUCACCCUCAGCUUUAGAGUCUACAAGAAUGUCAUGGCCGCCGUUCAGAAGACUGGCGAGGGACACCCAUUCAAGCAACAUCUGGAAAUGGACCUUGACCUUAAACAGGACAAAGUUCAGCCAGUUGUGGAGACCAUUCUGAAGCACCUUAAUUGCACAGCAAAGGAAGUUCGCAGGCUCUUCCUCAUCGAGGAUCUUGUGGACUCCAUCAAGUUUGGCCUGCUUCUUUGGGUCCUCACAUAUGUCGGUUCGUGGUUCAAUGGAAUGACACUUAUUAUCCUUGCUGUUGUUGCAAUUUUCACAUUACCCAAGGUGUACGAGACGUACAAGGUUCAGAUCGACAACUACGUCAACAUGGCACAAAGUCAGCUCAACAACAUUAUUGCACAGGUCCAGGCUAAAGUUCCCUUCCUGAAGAAAAAGGAAAAGGCACAGUGAAGGAAAAAAACCACCUGAUUGAGCAGCAGGUACAGAAUAGUCACUGAUAUCUUGGUGAAGCUUCAUACGUAUGACAUGUCUGUCCAUCUGUGUGUUCGUUGGUUGUCCGUCAACAUUGUUGGCGGAAGCGGGUUGGUGUCAAGUGCUGCCUUAUUUGCAUUAUUUCAAAAAAAAAAAAAGAGUUUUUUUGUGGACUUUUGUAUGCAAGCAAGAUAUGAAGAAUGUGGCUACUUCGUGCAUUGUAAACAUAGUUGCUAUGGAGCACAGUGGAGGCCAAUCUCUCUGUGACUUUUGUCCAACCAUUUCGCUGUAGUCCGGAGUUUCUUACAUUUGUUUCUUAGACGCCUGUGUAUGCAACAGCUGUUCAUCCGAGUAUGCAGAUCUCAGUUGAUUUAUUUCAUGAAAGUUACCAUGUUCUCCCAUUGCAUUGCACUUGGUCUCGUCAUGGCGAUGUGCUGGUGAACAUUUGAAUGUGAACAACAAAACACAGAGAAGAUAAUUAUCCCCGUUUGUAUUGUACUUGUAAACAAUUGCAAUAUUUAUAUCACUUGUAAAUGAUGCUUGUGUAGUGUAGUGUGUUGAGUGUCAGGGUGAACAAUGAAGGUAUUGUCAUCACCGUAGUCACAGGCUGUUACUAUGGAGACGUAGUACAUAUGUACAUCCCUGUCAUCCAUGUUCCGUGAUUCAACAGAUAGAUGUAGUGUUGUACAGUCAGAUUUUGAACCAAUAGUUUCUCGACUUUGUUUUCAUUGUAGAUGGCAUACAUUAUUUUCUAAGAAUUAUCUCAUACAUUCACGUGUAAUAUGAAGGUGUAGUGUUUCAGUUUGGAAUUCUUGCUCAAAAUUUAGUGUGGUAUGUCUGAUAUGUUGCAUGUAGAGCUGACAUAUUUAUAUUCAAGUCAAUAAAUAACCCAGCACGCUAUCUGUGGGUUGAUUUCACCUAUAAUUAAAGACAUUUCUCUAAACUUUUUUCUUAAUCACUGGAUUGUCAAUGCAUUUGAACUUGACUGUGAAUAAAAUUUCUGUAAAAGCUUC